UGGCAUCGUCGCGAACAACGUGUGCUCCAGUUCCUGUGCGAUCCAAACUACUUCAGCCAACUGGCCGCCAGCAUGGACGUCCUCGAGAUGGCCGUCUACCUCGUCUUCUCGUUGGUCAACGCCGUCGUCUGUCUCAUCCUCCUACCCUCCCGUCAACACGACGACUCGGCCGCCUCGGCCCGACUGCCCGCCUCGUCCAGCCGACUCGGCGAAUCCGCGGCCCGAGAAGGAGGCGUGGCCGGAUGA